CUAUAGAUGGAAAGGAGUCGGCCAAUCUCGUGGCAAGAGGCCAGCCGGACGUCGUCGUACGGCUUUCCCCUCUCGGUUAAGGACGCUUCAAUUCGCUUCCCCCCGCCGCCGCAAACGCCACGCCCCACGCCGCUUAAAUUAAGCCUGCACGCUUCUCCCCCUUCCCCAGUAUCCGAAUCCCUUCGGCCUCCGUCCACGGCGAGCGGCGCCGCCGCGCUCCGGAGGGCCGGGGAGAGCUGGCUGUGGGUUAAUUUCGCAUCGCUGUUGCUUGCUUCGUCUACCGUUUGGAGCAGGGAAGAGUGGGGGUGGGGAUAUUAUCGCUGGAUGCCCCACCCGGCAGGCCGGCACUCCACACCCCGUGCUGUGCUUAUCCGCGGCGGAAUCCAAUCCCCCCAUCUCCCUCUCCUCUCCGAAAAGUCGUCCGCCGCUUUUCGCCUAUUACCCCCGCCUUGCCGGCCAUGAUUCCCGCUGAUUCCUCCGCCCAUUUGCUCCUCCGCCUCGCCGAGCCUUACUCGCCGCUGUUGCUGGUCGUCGUCGUUGUUGUUGCGCUGUAGAAAAGGGAGCGGUGAGGAGCGACGAGGGGGUGGGGAUGUCGUCGUCGCGGUCCAACAACCGGGCGACGUGCUCGCGGGGGAGCUCGGCGCGGUCCAAGCACAGCGAGCGUGUGGUGGCGCAGACGCCGGUGGACGCGCGGCUGCACGCCGAGUUCGAGGGCUCGCAGCGCCGCUUCGACUACUCGUCGUCGGUGAGCGCGGCCAACCGGUCUGGGGCCAGCACCAGCACGGCCGUCUCCGCCUACCUCCAGAAUAUGCAGCGCGGCCGCUACAUCCAGCCCUUCGGCUGCCUGCUCGCCGCCCACCCGGAGACCUUCGCGCUGCUCGCCUACAGCGAGAACGCCGCCGAGAUGCUCGACCUCACGCCGCACGCCGUGCCCACCAUCGACCAGCGCGACGCGCUCACCGUCGGCGUCGACGUGCGCACGCUCUUCCGCUCCCAGAGCGCCGUCGCGCUGCACAAGGCCGCCGUCUUCGGGGAGGUCAACCUGCUCAACCCCAUUCUCGUCCACGCCAGGACCUCCGGGAAGCCCUUCUACGCCAUCCUGCACCGCAUCGACGUCGGCCUCGUCAUCGACCUCGAGCCGGUCAACCCCGCUGACGUGCCCGUUACAGCCGCCGGCGCACUGAAAUCGUACAAACUCGCGGCCAAGGCCAUCUCCAGGCUGCAGUCCCUGCCCAGUGGGAACCUCUCCCUGCUCUGCGACGUGUUGGUCCGCGAGGUAAGCGAGCUCACAGGAUACGACAGGGUGAUGGCAUACAAGUUCCAUGAGGAUGAGCAUGGUGAGGUCAUUGCGGAGUGCAGGAGGUCUGAUUUGGAGCCUUAUCUUGGCCUGCACUACCCGGCAACUGACAUCCCGCAAGCGUCCAGGUUUCUGUUCAUGAAGAACAAAGUGCGGAUGAUAUGUGAUUGUGCUGCUGUUCCUGUGAAGCUCAUUCAGGAUGACAACCUAUCGCAGCCUAUCAGCCUCUGUGGCUCGACCAUGAGGGCACCCCAUGGUUGCCAUGCCCAGUACAUGGCGAACAUGGGCUCUGUUGCAUCGCUAGUGAUGUCGAUCACUAUAAAUGAAGAUGAAGAGGAAGAUGGAGACACCGGGAGUGACCAACAGCCAAAAGGCAGGAAGCUGUGGGGGCUGGUGGUUUGCCAUCACUCGAGCCCGAGGUUCGUCCCUUUCCCGCUCAGGUAUGCUUGCGAAUUUCUCUUGCAAGUAUUUGGCAUACAGCUCAACAAGGAGGUGGAAUUGGCUUCUCAGGCAAAGGAGAGGCACAUCCUCCGCACACAGACCCUUCUCUGUGAUAUGCUCCUUCGGGAUGCUCCUAUUGGAAUAUUUACCCAGUCGCCUAAUGUAAUGGAUCUAGUUAAGUGCGAUGGUGCAGCAUUGUGUUACCGAAACCAGAUUAUGGUGCUGGGCUCAACGCCCUCCGAAGGAGAGAUAAAGAACAUCGUUGCAUGGCUGCAGGAGUACCAUGAUGGCUCUACUGGACUAAGUACUGACAGCUUAGUGGAAGCAGGCUAUCCUGGUGCGUCUGCACUUGGUGAGAUUGUGUGUGGCAUGGCAGCUAUAAAGAUCUCUUCAAAAGGUUUUAUUCUCUGGUUCCGAUCCCAUACGGCGAAGGAGAUCAAGUGGGGUGGAGCUAAGCAUGAACCAGGCGAUGCAGAUGACAAUGGCAGGAAGAUGCAUCCGCGAUCUUCGUUCAGGGCCUUCUUGGAGGUAGUUAAAUGGAGGAGUGUUCCUUGGGAGGAUGUUGAAAUGGAUGCAAUCCAUUCUCUCCAGCUAAUACUGCGUGGCUCCUUGCAAGAUGAAGAUGCUAACAACAACAACAACGUAAUGUCCAUUGUUGAAGCUCCAUCUGAUGAUAUGAAGAAGAUACAGGGGCUACUUGAACUGAGAAUUGUGACAAAUGAGAUGGUCCGCCUAAUUGAGACGGCAACUGCGCCUAUAUUGGCUGUCGACAUCGUUGGUAAUAUAAAUGGAUGGAAUAAUAAAGCCGCAGAAAUCACUGGAUUACCCACUACGGAAGCCAUAGGGAUGCCUCUGGUACAGGUCGUUCAUGGUGAUUCUGUUGAAGUGGUUACACAGAUUUUAAAUUCAGCUUUACAAGGAGUAGAAGAGCAAAAUUUGGAAAUCAAACUUAAAACAUUCCAUCACCUGGAAAGUAAUGGCCCUGUAAUCUUGAUGGUUAAUGCCUGUUGUAGUCGUGACCUCUCAGAGAAAGUUGUUGGGGUUUGCUUUGUAGCACAAGAUUUGACAGGGCAGAAGAUGAUUCUGGAUAAGUAUACUCGGAUACAAGGCGACUAUGUUGCAAUAGUAAAGAACCCCAAUGAGCUCAUCCCCCCUAUAUUUAUGAUCAAUGAUCUUGGUUCUUGCUUAGAGUGGAAUGAAGCUAUGCAAAGGAUUACUGGUAUAAAGAGGGAAGACGCAAUAGACAAGUUGCUGAUUGGGGAGGUUUUCACCCUUCAUGACUAUGGAUGUAGGGUAAAAGAUCAUGCUACUCUAACCAAACUUAGCAUACUGAUGAACACAGUGAUAUCUGGUCAAGAUCCCGAGAAGCUUCCUUUUGGUUUCUUCGACGCAGAUGGCAAGUGCAUGGAAUCACUGCUGACAGCAAAUAAGAGAACAGAUGCUGAGGGUAAGAUCACCGGUGCUCUUUGCUUUUUGCAUGUGGCCAGUCCAGAGCUUCAGCAUGCUCUUCAGGUGCAGAAAAUGUCUGAACAAGCUGCUACACACAGCUUUAAGGAAUUGACAUAUAUUCGUCAAGAAUUAAAGAACCCACUCAAUGGCAUGCAAUUUACCCGUAAUUUAUUAGAACCGUCCGAGUUGACGGAGGAGCAGAGGCAACUUCUUGCAUCAAAUGUCCUCUGUCAAGAACAGUUAAAAAAGAUUUUACAUGACAAUGAUCUAGAAGGCAUUGAACAGUGCUACAUGGAGAUGAACACGGUAGAAUUCAAUCUUGAGGAAGCUCUGAAUACGGUCCUAAUGCAAGGCAUGUCUCUGAGCAAGGAAAAACAGAUUUCUCUUGAUCGUGAUUGGCCUGUGGAAGUAUCAUCUAUGUACCUCUAUGGGGAUAAUUUAAGGCUUCAGCAAGUCCUAGCAGACUUCUUGGCAUGCACACUUCAAUUUACGCAGCCAGCUGAAGGACCUAUUGUACUCCAGGUCAUUCCCAGGAAGGAAAGUAUUGGGUCUGGCAUGCAGAUCGCUCAUCUAGAGUUCAGGCUUAACCACCCAGUGCCAGGCGUCCCAGAGACGCUAAUACAAGAGAUGUUCCGCCACGGUCCAGGGGUAUCGCGGGAAGGCCUUGGUCUGCACAUAAGUCAGAAGCUUGUGAAGACGAUGAGCGGCACAGUACAGUACCUCCGAGAAGCAGAGAUUUCGUCCUUUAUCGUUCUGGUGGAGUUCCCGGUUGCGCAGCUCAAUAGCAAGAGGCCCAGGCCUUCGACAAGUAAGAGUAACUUCUGAAUCCUGCUGAUGCCCUCUCCCCCUCGGAGAUGUAAACUAGGGCUAUUGCUUGGAGCGCCAUGCUGACGUUGUUAGAAGAGCAGGCUCCGAGGGAGCUCAGCUGAUGUAUCAAAAUGUGUAGUUGGGAACCUGGAUUGAUCACACUGUUGUUGUUUGGGGGGUAGCUAGCUUAGCUGUUAGGUGUUAGUGUAAUUUAACCGGCUGUAUGAAUGGAUUGAUGAAAAUAAAAUUUCCACUUGUGUUUUUCGAUGA